AUGAAACUUCCUGAAUAUACUAAAAAUGAUACAAAUUUAUUCAUUGAUGAAUGUAAAACAACAUCAUGUUUACCUAAUAAUUAUCAUUCAUCUAUUCAAUGUCAUAGUUUACAUGAAGAAAAUCUACCACGUUCAAUAGAUAAUAAAUCAUUACCAUCUGAAUAUAUUUAUACGGAAUUAGUUAAAAAUAUUGGAAAUAAUGAAUUUAUUGAAGAAAAACGUUUACUUAAACGAUCUAGUUGGAGUCCAAAUGAAGAACAACCAACAUAUGGUUUACCACCAACUGGUAAACGAGCAUUUGGUGAACAAACAACAUCAAAUAAAAAUUUUAAUCGAGUACGUAUGAGACCUAAAACAACAAGACAUUAUCAAUUACAACAACCAAAUCAAAAAAUUCUUGAACGACCUUAUUCAUGUAAUGACAAAUAUGAUCAUCUUUUAAUUGAUAAACUUUCAUAUUCAACAGUGAAUCAUAAUGGAAGUUUGUCAAAUGAACGACGUGAACCAUCACCAACUCCGUCAUCAUCUUCAAUUGAUUCAGUAUUACAAAUUAAAACACGUGCUUCACCAUCAUUUGAUAGUAGUGAUUUUAUAAGUGAUACAUCUACUGCAUCAUCAAUGACAACAGUAACAUCUUUAAGUUCAAUUAUGUCUUCACGACAAAAAACUCCUAUUUAUGAUCAUAUGUGUUCAUCAAAAACACGUCCAUUGAUAAGUGAAUAUCAACAAACAGAUUUAAAUCAUAUCGAUUACAAAUUUUUAUCACCAGUAUUAAAUACAAACACUACUCCUUUAUCGUCUCCAAUUUCUUCUUUACCAUCAUCAUCAUCAUUCUCCUCCUCGUCCACCUCUUUCACUUGUCCAAAAGGUCAUGAAGAGUCGUCGUCGCCAUCGCCGUCUCCCAUAGGGUCAUCUUUAAAUCAAUAUGCAAAGUUUACUUUGCAAACACCAACUACUGAUUCAUCUCGAGACGACAAUGGUCAUUCAACAUCAACAUAUGGUAUAAUGAAUAUGUCAAUGUCGUCUAAUCGUUAUCAUAAUCAAAUACAUUCGUCAAAUUCUAUCAUCACAUCAAAUUCUACAAUGACAAAUAAUAAUGAUGGAUUAAAAUCACGACGAGAACAAACAAAUUCGAAAAUUGCUGGUAGUAGUUGUUUAAAAUCACAAAAAAAAGAUAAUAAUAAUAAUAAUAAUAAUAAAAAUCAAACAAAAAAAUCUGUUCAUUUUGGUUGGCAUUUGCCUAAACAGAUUCGAUCAACAUCACCAUCAACACAUUGGAACAGUAAUAGUGAUAAUGACAUACAAACGAAGAAAAAUUAUGGUGAGAAAGUUGAAGAAAAAGAAAAAAUUGAAAUAACAAGAAGGACAAUCAAGACUACUACUGCUCCAUUGUCCACGAAUACAAUUCAUCGUUCUUUUUCUCUCUCGCCAUCACUACUUUCAAAAGAAGAGAAUAACGAUAGUCGAAGACAUAGACAAGAAAAAAAAGAAAAUGUCGAUGAACUAAAUCGUACUACUACUACUAGUGGACGAGCAACAACUGCUGCAACUCACUUUCAUUGUACUACUAAAGCCGCUACAGUCACUUUCAAUGACGGCAACCAAAAUAUCUCAUCAACAAAAGAGCCAAAUGGCACGAACAAUUUUAAUACAAGUGGAAAUUUAACCUAUUCGUCAGCUGAUAAACAGAUGCCUUUGAAUACUUUACUUGUUAAAAAUUCUACACUCAAUCCACACACAACAACAACAACAACAAAAAAGUUUACUAGUACUGGAGGAUUUUUUAGUUUUAUUAAUCGAUCAAAUAAUAGUAAUAAUAAUAACAAUAAUAAUAAUUCAUCAUCUAAUAAUGAAAAUAAACAAUUAAAACGUACAUCAUCCACUCAACAAAAAUCUAAACAACAUAAAAUACAUGGCAAUAAACGUCUUAGUGCUGAUAUUGAUACAUUGCGGUCUCCUUUAAUAUCUUCAAACAACUUAUCGAAAGGAGAUAUUGACAAGGUUACAUUGAAUUAUCAAGAAGAACGGCAAUCGAUGACAGAUAACAAUACUCAUAUCCGUUUUUCUUGUAAUACCAAUUCAUCUAUCCCACUGCGUACAAAUACUAAAAUGAAUAGAAGUUCAACAUCAAUGUCAAUGAAUCCAACAACGAUAACUGUAAAAUCGGAUGAAGGUGAUUCAUUAAAUAAUGGUCUUCUAUUUAAACCUGUUCAAUCAAUUGAAAAAGAACCUUUUUUUCUUUCUCCUUUAAAAUCAUUAUCGAAUAAUAACGAAUCUUUAUCAUCACCAUCAAUUGGUAAGAUAAUGCAAACAUCAACACUUAUUAUUUCUACACCUCCACAAUAUCAUUAUUAUCUUUAUCCGCCAACAUCAUCAAUAUCAAAAAAAAAUUUAACAACAAAUCGUUCUAUAUCAAAUAUUAGUAUGAAUAGUAUAAGUACAAAUUCAUCAUCAUCAAAUGCAUCAUAUGAAUCUCACAUACAUGAUUUUGAUGAAGAUACAUUAUCAUAUUCAACAUAUUCAACAAAUAAUCAAAAAAAUAUUCAUCAAUUUAAAUCAUCUUCAAAAACAAAACCUGUUAUACUUUCGGAUUGUGUUCAAGCUUUUUGGCCACCACGACCAUCUUCACCACCAUCAUCUAUAUUGAAAAAUAUUCCUCAACAAAAAAUAAAGGCAUCAACUAUCGAACAAAACAAACAUUCCAAUUCAAUCAAUCACAAACACAAACAAUCCGAAUCGAAUAUAAUACAAAAUAAUGUUAUUAAUUCGACCUAUAAUGAUGAUUCAUCAUCUAUAAACAAUGGUAAUCAAACAGAUGUUUUACCACCUACAACAUCAUUAAUAUUAAAUAACAAAAAUGAAGUUCGAUCUUAUUCCGAACCAAAUUCAUUUACUAAUGGUUGCUUACGAAUAGCAAGUGAUACUUCUCUUGAAGAUACUCAAGCAUCGUAUAGUGAACGUUUACGUGAAAAAUCUCGUUCAAUAAAAGCAACAAAUCAAUUAAUAUCAAUGAAGAAUAAUAAUAAUAAUAAUUCAUUAUCUCGAUCAAGAUCAAAAGAUACUUUAGAAAAUCAAUAUGAAAAUUCAAAUUCAAUAAAUAAAAAUAUUUUAAGACCAAAAUCAGAUGAUUUUCAAUCUAAACGACAAUUUUUUGAAAAUCGUACUUAUACAGAUUAUACUCCAACAACGACAACAACAGCAACAAAUAAUAAAACUUAUUCUUUAUCAACAUCAAAUAAUAAUUAUCAACGUUCUGAAGCAAAGUAA